UUUCCUGAGAUAAGAUCUGCCUCGCCCUCCGCAGGCCUGACGACCACCGCGAAAAGUGCCUGGGCAGGGCUGGCGGCUGGGUUCCUUCACACCCUGUGUGGCCCGGAUCAUCUUGCGGCGCUGACGCCGCUGACGAUUGGUCGUAACCGCUUCGCCGCGUCGGCGUUGGGGGCGCUGUGGGGCUUCGGCCACUCGACGGGUCAGCUCAUCCUAGGCCUUGUGUUCGUGGACCGCUUCCAUGACCUGGUGCCCUUCCUGUCCAAGUGGGCGGGUACGGUGGUGCCGCUGACACUAAUCGCAAUCGGCGUCAUGGGCAUCUACGAGAGCUUCUUUGAGAAGGACGAUGCGCAUGCGGAGGCCGAGGUGGAGGCUGUGGGACUUGCACUUGCGAGUGGCGGUCUAAAGUCCGGUUUCGCCACGUAUGCCACCGGCAUCGUGUACGGGCUGCAACCCGAUGCGCUGUUCGUGGUGAUUCCCGCUCUGGCGCUGCCCACCAAGCUGGCGGCCAUCGCUUACUGCUCCAUGUUUGUCAUCGGGACGGUGUCGGCCAUGGGAGGCUACACGCUGCUGAUCGGUACGCUUUGA